AUCCAGGAUGAGGGAGAAGAGGGCUGACUUUGUGGCAGGAUGCCUGGGAGGAAGAGUCAUCGCUGCCGGCGGUCUAGGUAAUGAACCAUCUCCCUUGGGCUCGGUGGAGAGUUACAACCCAGUGAAGCGGCGUUGGGAGUACGUGGCACCAAUGCCCACCGCCCGCUGCUCCUCUGCACCCCUGCAGACUCCCAGCAUGCUCUUUCUCAUUGGCGGAGUCGCGCAGGGACCCAGUAAUGCUGUGGAAGCCCUUUGCUUGCAGGAGACUGUGUGACACAUGCACAGACACAC